UUUCCUUUGGCUUCGAAGUCUGGCAAGCUAAAUUCAGAGCAUUUUAAAACGUGGUUGAAGGAUGUCCUCUACCCUAACAUUGGUCAACAAAGCGUUCUUCUGCUUGACUCCUGGAGCGGACACUGCAGCGAUACAAUUGAAAAAACGAAACCUGCCGACAAAAACAUUGUGGCAAUAAUGAUACCAAAGGGAACUACUGGUCGAAUCCAACCUUUGGAUGUCUAUGGUUUUCGAGUAUGGAAAAAUUUUGUGAGGCGUUUUUCUGAUAUUGUCCUUUUACAUAAUCAUGACGUUAACCUUCAUUCACGGAAUUAUAUCAUAAAAUUGCAAUCACUCGUGCAUAAUCAGUUGUCUUCUCCUAGAUAUAAAAGCCUGUUUCAAUAUGCAUGGUAUAAAAGUGGUUAUAUCGAUGAAAGAUUAGAAAACUUCCCAAACCUGGUUAAUUUUGCCUUUGAAAGCUGUUCAGUUAUGAAAUGUAAUGUUUGUGGUGCAGCAGCAAUAAUACGGUGUUCUUGGUGCAAAAAAGCAUUUUGUAUAAAGCAUUUUUUCACGAAUACCACUACUGUAAUAAAUAUGAUCAGUAAUAUUAAAUAAUCU